AUAAUAUACACUAAUAAUAUACAAAAAAAUACGCAAAAUGUACUAUUGGAGUGUCCAUCACUGGACAACGGGGAUAGCUACACGCAGUCAGAGUUCCUCUCGCGACUGGCUCACGAGUGCCGCUAUGACCGGCUGCUCCUACCUACCUAUCAGACUGGCGAAGUGGUAUAUGUACAUGCCAGCGCUUAUGUUUACUUCAUACAACCAGCAGAAGCUCACGAUUUGAAUUUCAAAUUGCAUUUUCUUCUACAACUACGGUGGACAGACGCGCGGCUUGCAUAUACGUUGUAUUCGCCUGAACGUACGAAAAUCAUCGGAGAAAGUGAUCUCCGUCAACGAAUUUGGGUUCCUCAUCUGUACAUGUCCAAUGAACAAUCGUCAAGUCUCAUGGGAACCGACAGUAAGGACGUCUUGAUAUCGAUAGCACCCGAUGGCGAAGUGUUGUUUAGUCGUCGAAUGCAGGCAGUACUUUACUGUUGGAUGAAUCUUCAAAAAUUUCCAUUUGAUGACCAAAAGUGUUCAAUGAACCUAGAAAGCUGGAAAUAUAAUGCUUCAAUUUUACGACUAAUGUGGGAAAAGAACACCCCAGUUCGACUUUCUUCGGAGCUGCAUUUGACCGAGUACUCCCUCCUUGAUUACUGGACUAACGAAUCCGUUGUUAGAGGCGACAUAGUCAAUAUGCGCCUAGGAGGUAGAUCUGGAAACUACAGUGCAUUGAAGUUUACCUUUAAAUUGGGCCGUGAAGUCGGUUACUAUCUCAUGGACUAUUUCAUUCCAUCGAUGAUGAUUGUGGCUAUGUCAUGGGUUACGUUCUGGCUACAAGCUGAUGCUUCUGCGCCAAGAAUUACGUUAGGUACUAGUACUAUGUUGUCGUUUAUUACCCUCGCCUCGUCACAAGCAAAGACUCUACCGAAGGUUUCUUACAUCAAAGCGAGUGAAAUUUGGUUCCUGGGAUGUAUUGGUUUUAUCUUCUCUGCACUAGUGGAAUUCGCUUUCGUUAACACCAUUUGGCGCAGAAAGAAGGUAGUGAGCCUUAAGAAGGUGAACAGCAAGUACAUCCUGAAGAGCACGCUGACGCCUCGUCUGGCGCGCAAGGAACUUCAGAAGGAGUUGCGCGAGUCGUCGCCGCAGCUGAGCAAGUCGCGCUCGUGCUCCUCACUGCAGCAGGAGACCAGCAGCGACCCCGCGGGCCCCGGCUACAACAACUACCUCACCGUGCACAGUUUCCCAUCUGCACUGAACUUGCCUACGAUCACGACUCAGAGCUACGACGACCUUAUAGCGUCGGGAGGCAGGCAGCCUCGUGGAGGCACCGAAGGCAGCGAGGGCUCUGACGAGCCGCCCAAGCAUCACACUUGGACUCAGAUGACUCCGCAGGAGAUCGCCACGUGGAUAGAUAAGCGAUCCCGCUUCAUGUUUCCCAUUCUUUUCAUAUUCUUUAACAUCGUCUACUGGACUUUUGUCUAUUGUCUAUAAUUCCUUUUUUAAUCUGUGUACGUUAGAGUCGGCAGUAUGGUCAAUAGCCUUACGCCCUGGUAUUCAUUCGAGGGAAUGCAAAAGGGAUAUACUUUAUUUUGUGGUCUACGCUAAUCAUAACUAAUUAUGUUACAAUAGACUUAUGUUCCUAUAAUGUAUUAUCAAUACUUAUAUGUUAUAAUAGUUCAUGUUUUAAUGGUUUAAACAUGUGUUGAAUAUAAGUAAUGUCUUAGUCACAGAGAAUCUUCUCUCGAAUCUUAUAGAAAUUAUUUACGUAAAAAAGCAUUUUUUAUUUAGUUUUUUAUAGUCUCCGAAGGUCUAUUAUUUGAUUUAGGUAAAAAAGUCAUUGUAUUUACUUAUAUUAUUGCUAGGUGCUGUUUUUCAUUGUAUUUAACUCUGUGUUAAAUAGUCGAAACAGUAAAAGUUUAGUUUCAAGGAUGAACUAUAAAAACGGUAGUAUUUUCUAUUGCGUUGUUAGUGUUGUUACUAUGUCAAAUAAUACUAGCAAUGUUGUAAUUGAAAAAAUGGAAAAGUUGUACAAAAAUUUUCUGUUUCAUGAAAUAUUAUUGUCGAGUAAAAUAUAGUCAUAUUUCGUAGAUUAGUUAUUUAUUUAUGUAAUAUAAACAUUUCUAAGUAUUUGUAUAAAAUAUGUCCUGUUACGUUAUUGUUUUAUCGUAAGAGGACGUUCAUUAAUCAUGUGAAGUCGAAAUUGUGUGACAUGUCGAAAAAAAUCAUAAAAUAUCACAAAGAGGGCUGUAACAACAUAUCACGUGUAUUUUUCGUUGAUCGCGCGGUUUCGAAACCAAUCCUGAUUCUAUUUCUGAAAAAAAAAACCUGCAACUUUGAUGUUUACCUGAAAAUUAAAUGCUUAAUUUUCCAAAAUUUAAUAACGUUAUACCUGUGUUUAAAAAUAAUAUUCUGACAAUUUCACUAUACUUUGUACAAAGAAAUACACGUGGUUUUUGAAUUUAGGGAGUGGUCUAAAACCACAUACCGAAAUGUGGGCGUGGACGACGACGAGUGAUAAAAAAAUUAUUAUAAUUUUGAAAAAUUAAAUUUUAAUAUUGUAUUUAUUUCACGUUAGAUUAGAUGUUAUUUUUAUAAAAAUAAAAAAAAAUAGAGAAUGAAAGAGAUUAUUUAAGAUUAAGUUAUCGUGAGUGAUUUUAAUAAAUAAUAAUAUUUAUAUGAAGCAAAAUAAAACAUUAAGUU